AUGUUUAUACUCGCAUCAAUUAUCCUGCUGUUAAAUCCCGCGUCAAUCGAAUCUCGUCUAUCACAUUUCCAUGAUACCGGUGAUGAGAAAUUAUCAGGAGUAGCCUUUGACACAUCUGAUGAAAAUGACGAUGAACAAGAUGAUGAUUUGGAACCAGGGAAAGUUGACCUCAUCAAGGACGGAAUGUGGGCUAUAAAGGCUAAAUUGAAAGAAAUAAAAGCAUUCAACAGAGCACUGGUAGCUAAUAUAAAAUUAACAAACAUGAAACUCAAAGAGAUUAUAGAAAAUCAGAUCGCUAUUAAAAAACAUCAACAUAACUUACAAGAUAAUAAGAAAUUCAUACACAAAUAUCAGAUAUUGUCUUACACAUUAGUGGCUUCCCAACCGGUGCCGAUUGCUGACAACCAUUAUGUGAAACAGAAUGUACCCCAACACGUACCCAAUGCUCAAAGUAUACCAAAGCAAGGAGAUACUUUAAAUGAAAACGACGAACAAAUUAUAUCUGUAAGAAUAACGUCGUCUGUAGCUGUUGGUAGAACAAAACCAAGACCGAGUAUAGCAAAUAAUGAGAAGAGCAAAGAUGUAAUGAGUCAAGAUACUCGUAUUACUACCCCUGCAAUUGAAGUAAUCCAACCAUUUGCUUCUACAACCGACAUUGAUGACGUCACCACAGCUCUCCCAACGACAAUUUUAGAAGAUCUCGAAUCUGUCACAGAUAUACCGCCAAAUUUAAUCGGCGCCAACAUAGAGUAUAUAAAUCAGUUAAAAGCUAAAAAAGGAACAAGAGGUCUUAGUAAUUAUGAAAGACUCCAUUCAUUUACAUCGAACGAUGGAUAUCCAAGUAGUAAUAAGACGAAUGAUUCGGUCGCUGAAUCAUCCAUAUUAGGACAUGACGAUGAGGUAGAUGAAGUACCGAUAGCAAGAAAUGUGCCUUUGUCAUAUUACAAAAACAAUAUACAGGAACCAACACGAGCGAAUACUAGAUUGACAACUGUUAAUUUUAAUGUAGUACACGAAAACCAAAAGGUUCCCAAAUAUAACGACCGUUUACCUCCAUACGUAAAUCAAAAUCAGAAUGUUGGAGAUCAGAAGUUUUAUAAUACACCCUCCCAAAUAUACAGCCAGCCGGCACAAGUAUACAGCGAACCAGCUAAGUUUUAUAGCGAACCGGCUAAAAUAUACAGUGAGCCAGCAAAGAUAUACAGCGAGCCGGCUAAAAUAUACGGCGAACCUUCGAAGAUAUACAGUGAGCCGGCUAAAUUUUAUAGCCAACCCGCGUCAUUACAUUUGUCUCCCGAGCCUGAACAGGAACGCCGGCCGUGGCAGCCACAGAAAUUGAAAUCAACCACAAUUAGUACCACACAAGCUGCCUCAACUGGUCCAUACCAACAGAACCCUCAAAGGAGCACUGAUCACGAGCCUGAGAGGAAUUAUGAAGUGGAUGAGAAGCUCAGUGUGAUGACAGACGGCAGGAGUCACGGCGAACAGACAACUGAUAUAGAUAAUCCAGAGAAUUGUAAGCAAGAAAAUUGCAAAGUAGGUUACGUAGUAGAAGGCCGUCAGUUUAGGAAAUAUAGAGUGGAAGAAAGAACUCCUGAUGGCUUCAUAGUAGGGGAAUACGGGGUUGUGAGGAAUGAAGACGGGGCGCUGCGUGGUGUGAGGUACACAGCGGACAGCGACGCCAGCCCGCGCCUCAUACACGACGCCCUCAUGAAGUUCCUACAACUGAAAUAA